UUUAAUAAAGUUAAAAAAAAAAUACCAAUGUGGUAAAGAUAAAAGAUAUCUUAAUACAGAUAACCUAAAAAUACCACUAUGGUAGGAUAGAAAUUUAAAAAUGAAAAGGGUAGACUAUGGUAGGCAAAUAUAUAUAUUCUCCACAUGGUGGUUAUUGUCCUUACAUGUAUGUCUCUAUGUAGCUAGACAUACCUUAAGUAGUGAGUAAAAUGAAAGAAGAUUAAAGAGAGUACAAGGAAUUUAGGUCAGUUUCCAAAUUUACCAAAAAAUAUUUGCCAGUUUCAACAUAUUUUAAAAUAUAUUACUGCACCUUUUCUUUUAUCACUCUAUAAAACCAAUGGUUUUAUUUGGUUGUGAAAACUUAGUACAUGUAGUGGCGGAUCCAGAAAUUUUCAUAAGUGGGGACCAACUGACUGCCUAAGAGGUGGCCUGCUGCAGUCAUGCUUCAGUGAUUCCCUAUAUUAUCAACCAAUUUUUUCACACAAAAAGGGGGCCCAGCCCCCCCCCCCCCCCCCCCCUCCUAAAUCUGCCCCUGACAUGUAUGACACAGCUGUUACCACUGAAAUAAAACUAAGUCAUUUCCAAUUGUUUGAGCAUCAAAAGCUAAAUGUGAAAUUUUGAGACACAUUUUCAACAUAACAUAACAUUGUACAAAUAUUGGUAUUUAUUCUGAGAUUAAUACAAAGGUUCUCCUUAAAUAUCAAAUUAAUUGGUAUUUAAAUCAAUGAAAUGAUAUUGUAUAUAAAGUGUUAUGAGAAUAAUCAUAAAAAUAAGAAGAUGUGGUAUGAUUGUGGUAUGAAUGCUUAUAAAACAACUCUCUAUCAGAGACCAAAUGAUGUAGAAAUUAACAACUAGAGGUCAACAAACAGCCUUCAACAAUGAGCAAAACCCAUAAGGCAUAACCAUGCAGCUCUAAAAUGUCCAGAAAUUACAAAUGUAUAUCAAUUCAAACGGGAAAACUAACCUGAUGUAUGUACGAAACAAAGAGUUAUAUGUAAUCAGGUAGUAUUAAUUUAAAAUAUAAUUGCUACUGUUUUUGUGAUGACAUUUUUCAUGUGAAUAAUCUAAAACCAUCAAAAAACAUGAUGGGUUCAACUGAAAUAGUCUCACUCCAAUAUAACAGCAAAAUAAGUAACUAGUUCUACUGAGAGGAAAAGUUUGUGGAAAAAAUACAUUUCAAUUAUAUAGAUUGAAGUUGAACUAUAGUUGGUUUCUACAAAAUGUAAUUUUUGUUUCAUAAAAUGCUUUCUUAUAUGUAGGAAUGAUACAUGCUGGCUUAGGAUAUGCACAAAUAAGAAACUUUCUGACAGAAUGUAACUUGCCAGUCAUGAGUAAGUCUUGUUUCCAAAAACAUGAGAAGAAAAUUGGAAAAAUCUUUGUAUCUGCUGCUGAAGAAUCCUGCAAGAAAGCUCAACAACUGGAAAAAGAAAUUUCUACAGAUAAGGAGUUGGAGCUUGAGGUCAGUUUUGAUGCAGGUUGGCAAAAACGUGGGACAGGAUUCAAUUACAAUAGCUUAACAGGACAUGCUUCAAUGAUAGGAAAACAAACAGGGAAAGUGACCUGCUAUGAUAUAAGAAGCAAAAGCUGUAAAUUUUGUGAGCAUCAUGAGGGAAAGAAUGAAACAGUUCCAAGUCAUGACUGUUGUAGAAAUUGGUAUGGGUCUAGUAAGUCUAUGGAACCAGAUAUGGCUGUUUCCAUGGCACAUAAGAUGACUGAUAAUGAAUGCCCAAUUGACGUCAUUCAUGCUGACAAUGAUUCAACUACCAUGUUGAAACUGAAAAUGGACUUUGAAAACUUGAAAAAAAAGGAUGACCAAAAUCAUACUACAAAAGGAAUAACAAAAUCACUGAUUGAAUUGUCUAAAAGGCACAAGGAGCUGAAGCCAGGAGAAGUAAUUCCCUAUCUGAACAGAUGUUUCAUGUAUGCAAUUACACAGAACAGCAGCAGUGAUCUUAAAAUUGAUGAGGGUCUUUCGAGAAUUGUUCCCCAUGUCUUUGGAGAUCAUGGAUUGUGUGGUGCAGUAGACUGGUGUACAUUUAAAGAUGAUCCUAUAUCUUUCAAAUAUAAAAGCCUUCCUAAUGGAAAGCCUUUGAUUAGUGAAGAUUUGAGGAGAGAUCUAGAGAAUCUUAUAGAGAAAUAUAAAAGCAAGGCAUCUUCACUAAGAAAUUUAGGAUCCACACAGGCUAAUGAGAGCUUCAACCAUUCUGUAGCAACAAAGGCUCCGAAGUCCAAACACUAUGGUGGUUCACAAUCCCUAGCAAGUAGAGUGUCAUCGGCUGUGCUUCAAAAGAAUGAGGGUUACAAUUACUUAGAACAGAUGAAUGAAGCUGCACUUCUAUCUCCAGGAGAAUACACAAAAAGUAUUGCAAAGAAACUGGAUAAAGAGAAACUGAAAAGAAGGAUUAAAAGGCGAAGUCGCGAGUUCAAGAAAAAAAGAACUGAACUAAAGAAAAAAAGGAAUAAGAAAGAAAGGCGAUUCACUAUCCAUGAAUCUGUUUCAUAUCAACCAGAAAUUGCAACGAUAGGAUUAUCAGAUACUGAGGCCGUAACUAUUCCAUCGCCAUUGAAACUGGACGGAACAGAAUCAUUUACAUUUUUUGAUCUUGAAACGACAGGUUUAAGCAGAGUUAGUGAUAUUACUCAGAUAGCAGCUGUUUAUGAUAAGACACUAUAUCAAUCUUACAUUUUACCAAGAUGUGAUAUUUCUGUUGAAGCCUCAAAAGUAACAGGAAUUACCUGCUGUUUGGCUAAGAAUAAAAUGUAUGUUCAUGGGAAGGAAGUGGAAACCAAAUCCCAGUAUGAAGCAUUGUUAGAUUUUAUUGAAUUUUUAAAAACAAUUCAAAAUCCACUCCUUGUUGGACAUAACAUCUGUAAUUUUGACAUUGCAAUACUCUCAAACAAAUUGAAAGAAUUCAGCUUAUUUUCUUCUUUUUGUAAUGUUACUUCUGGAUUUCUGGACACACUUAAAAUAGCUAAAAGAAUUUUCCCCCGAAAUGAAGUAGACAAUUACAAACAAUCAACUCUUAUUUUAAAGUAUGUUGGGUUGGAAUACAGUGCACACAAUGCCAUAGAAGAUGUACAGUCUCUUCAACAUCUCUUUCACCAAGAAAUGAAGAAUAAAUGUAAAGAUAAUGAUAUUCAUAGCAUUUGCUAUUGUAGUUGCAAAUCUUCCUAUGAUAAUUUAGUUCAAAACAAAACUGUAAGCAGAGACACUUGCAUUAGACUUGCAAAAAAUGGCAUAUCUUUAUCACACUUACAGAUAGCUAACAGAAGAGAUGCAAAUGGAAUAAGAUUAUUGUUACAAGAGUUUAACAUUCCUUCCAAAACUGCCUCUGUAUUCGUUGCUGCUUUUGCAACUGAACAGUAAAUUUUAUAGUCAUGACAAAAGAAAUUUCCGUUGCAGGAAUACUGUUCUUAGAUUAAAAUGCACAUAAUGUUUUAUCUUGUCAAAUUGUACACCAUCAAGUAUACAAUGUAUUUAUAUUGUGUUUUGUCUUGGAAAGAUAUUGGUAAUUCUAUUUUAUGGAUUUUAUAAAAGUUACCUUUUCUGAUUUAAGAAUGAAACUUUAAUAUUUGGAACAUUUUACGAUAAAUGCAAAAAUUAGAGCUAAAUAUCUGACUUGAUUCAGCUUUUAACUAGUAACCAAGCAUACAUAUUUUAAAAAAAAUAUGCACAUAAAAUUUUGCCAUUCAGCUGAUUUGGUUAAAGCAUCAGUAACUAGAUUUCAUUGUGAAAGGACACCAUUAAUCUAGUAAGAUUUUUCUCUCUCUUUUUGGAAAACCAUCCUGGUUAUACAUGUAUAUAUCUUUAUUGCGUAGGGAUUACUUUUAAAAAAAACAUUAAGACUUGUAUCAUAGAUCAAAUUUAUUCAUUCAGUGUAUGUUCACUUGUGUUAAUAUGUCUUUUGAUUGAGUUAAGCUAUUUCAAUUGAUAUUUUAUAGUGUGUCUUUCUAUGUUGUGAUGUUACACUAUUGUUUCAGAUAAGGGUGAAGGUGGGUACCUAUUAAAACGUUUAAACCCGUUGCAUUUGUUUGCACCUGUCCUAAGUCAGGAAUCUGAUGUUCAGUAGUUGUCGUUUGUUGAUGUGGUUCAUAAGUGUUUCUCGUUUCUUGUUUUUUAUAUAGAUUAGACAGUUGGUUUUCCCGUUUGAAUGGUUUUACACUAGUCAUUUUGGGGGCCCUCUAUAGCUUGCUGUUCCGUGUGAGCCAAGGCUCCGUGUUGAAGACCGUACUUUGACCUAUAAUGGUUGACCAGGGUUCUCACUACGGAUUUUUGAAGGCGUGUCCAGGGACUCAUCGUUUUUGGCCAUGGUGAGUCCAACAGUAAGAAGAAGAUAUUUUAUCACAAUACAAUUUAUUAUUUUAGCCUCCAUGACCUAAUAGAGCAAUGAAAUUACAUUAAAUUCAGAUUUCUUUUAAACUUUUGCUAUAAAAUGAUGAUAUGUGUGUUCAGUUUAUACAAAAUAUUUCAAUCUUGAAGCAUCUUUGGACUCACCAGGUUUGAAAAUGGUGAGUCCAAACAGAUUUUCAUGAGUCCAGGACUCAUGGACUUGCCUUAGUGUGAAACCCUGGUUUAGUUUUACAAAUUGUGACUUGGAUGGAGAGUUGUCUCAUUGGCACUCAUACCACAUCUUCUUAUAUCUAUUGGGUGUUUGGCCAAAUAAUAUAUAUAUAUAUAUAUAUAAAUUUCACAUUUUUCAUGGCUGGGCCUUUAGUACAGUUAGGUUACAAUAAUACAUUAUGGGUUUUUCUCAUUGUGAAAGGCCGCACUGUGGCCUAUAAUUGCUUACAUCCAAUUCACUUGAACUCUGGUCUUGAUAGUUGUCUCAUUGGCAAUCGUACAUGUACAACAUCUUCUUAUUUCUAUUUACCUACAAGUUCAAAUUGUAGAAAACUGAAAACAUUGAUUAUCUUAUUGUAAAAUGAAGCCGAUGGAACUACCUACACAACAAUUAGUUGCCAUCUUUGUUAUAAUGUUGUUUGAAAUUCUCUGUCUUAGUGCAAAGAUGGACAGAAAUAUAAGACUUUGCAAACGACAAAUUCUAAUGUUAGAAAGUCAAUAUUAUCAAUAUACAUGUUCAGCAUUAACGUAAUAUGUUAAGUAUGUGAAAACACAGUAAAAAAUUGUAGAAAUUUGUGCAUUUAGAUACAAAAGAUUAAUUCAAGAACUGUUAUGAAGGAUUUAUUUUGUAAAGACGUAUGGAUUCUUUAUUCUGACAGUCAACAUAAUUGUGAUAAUAAGGGCUGUGUUAUUUUAGAAGCUGAUAAGUGUGAUUAGAUUUAUCACCAUUUACUCCUAAUAUUAUGACUUUGGCUUUCAUUUGUAUUUUUUUUUUUAAAGUAAUAGGCUACUGACCCAUUUAUAUUGCAUUAUUAUAUGUCACCUUGUUAUGAAACAGUGUACAAUUUUACUACAAAUGACUAAGAUUCAAAUAAAAUGCAUGACUUUCAGGUUUCCCUAAUAUACCUUGGUUUAUUUUUAAAUGAAAGUGUCAUUUGACUAUUUUGGUACUAAAUGAUUUGAUAUUUUAGGGGAAAAAAUAUAGCUACACUCUGUACCCUAUUUCCUUUAUUUUGGAAACCUGAAAAAAAACAUACAUUCUUCCUUCAAGCUUUAUUUCUGUUGUUUUUUGUGUUGAAUUGAAAAUGGAAACAGGGAAUGUGUCAAAGAGACAACAACCCGACCUAAGAGAACAAAACAGCCCAUGCAAAGCCACCAAUGGGUCUUCAACACAGCAAGAAAAUCUUGAUCCUGAGGCUAUCCUCAUCUGACCCCUUAACAAAAACAUUGAUAAUGUAUACUUGUUCAGCGGAAUGCAUGUAUAGAUGGAAGAAAUAACAGGGUUCCUAUCAAUGAGACAGCAAUCUAAAAAUGUUUUAACGAGUUGGAACUGUGAGCUGUUGAUCACUACAAUAUCCCAGUUCUAAAUAUUUGAUAAACAAGAAGUUGGAAUGUGAUGGAAGUGAAAAUGCAUCAAACAGUAUAAUACAGAUGAGAUUUCAUUUCCAAAAAAAUCUAAAAAAAAACCCACAAAGCCUUGGUUUGUAGUUCCUAAGAAAAUUCAAUGAAAUUUGCAUGCAUGUCCACAAUGUGACAGAUAUCACUUAUCAGGUCACAAUAUCUUAUGAAUACAUUUGUUAUAUAAAAUAUACCCCAUUACUACAUGUAACUAUCAGUGACUAUAGUCUAUAGAGCAGAUAUAUAACAAACUGUUAUUUUUGGACAUACAUGUACUAGUUCUACUGAGACCAUGAAUCAACUUUCAAACUACAUAUAAUCAUGAUAAUAGAAAUGUUGAAAUAUUUGUAUUUUAUCUUUCCCUUGGUAAGUGUUUUAUGACACAUGUAGAUCAGAUCUCAUGCAGACCGGUCGACAUGAAUAUUUUUAAAAAUAAUGCAAAGAGGGACAUGCAGACCUGAAAAAACUGGCGUUUACAAUAUGAUAUAAUGAUUUACAAAUUUCAGUAGUCUUACCAAGAUCUUAUGAUAAUAUGGAUGCAAUUUCAGGAGUCGAUGAGGCUUGUCAGAUCAAAAUCUGAAACCUAGUAUAGUAGUAUUAGUAAUUAUCAGCCUGAUCAGCAGCCUACUGCAUGUUGUGCUCUUGGUGAUAAGAUCUCAACUACUAUCAAAAUACAAGCUAAAGCUAACAAUUUACUCGCAUUAGCACAGAAAGUAUUUAGAAAGUGAAGGAUUUUGUCCUUGUUGCUACCACAGCCUUCCAACGUACAUGUAAAAAAACUGACGGAGCGGUUGUAGUCCAGGGGAAUGUAACCAAUGUCAUAGUGAUGAAAUGUCAUUUUGCCCUAUAUUUAUGUAGGGGGGCUAUAGUUACUUAAUGCAUACAUAGGUGGGAGAAGGAUGUGUCACGAACCAGCAACCACUCAUGGAGGAGAGCAUAGACUAUAUCCAAGUUCCACUCCUUACGUUUCUUUAUUAGCACCCCACCCCCACCCCCUCCCCCCCCCCCCCCCCCCC